AUGGUUAAAUUUCCUCCUGUAACCGCUGAGGUUAAACCUCUAGCGCAUCUUCUUAAACUUGCUGAUGAGCAUGACGAAAGAAACAUUGUAGUAGCUUAUUGGGCUCGAAUGUCUGCAUGUUUAUUGGCUCUCCAGUUAGUACCUGGUAAAAAGUCUCCUCAGACAGCUGAAUUAAUGCGUGCCUUAUUGGAUUGGUUGGAACAAACAAAAAAAGCUAAUCAUGAAAAUGAAGGAAUAACAAGUGAGACUACAGCUCAAGCACUGAUUGAAGAAUAUGCCUUACGUUUGUUCAGUUAUGCUGACCAGCAAGAUCGAGCCCAAAUUUUUAACAAAAAUACAGUGAAAACUUUUUACACUGCUGGUAUUUUGAUGGAUGUCUUGGAUCAGUUUGGUACAUUACCAGAUGAUAUUAGAGAAAAACGAAAAUAUGCAAAAUGGAAGGCAGCAUAUAUUCACAAUUGUCUAAAAGCUGGGGAAACUCCAAUGUCUGGACCACCAAGGUCUUACAAUGAAGAUGGUGAUGAUGAUGGUAUUGUCCAUAAUAGUCAAUUAUCUCAAGAAGAACUUUCCACCUAUACUAAGUAUACUGGGCCAGUCAGUUUUGAUGAUGCAAAAAAACCUAUGGCGCCCCCAUCACCACCACCAGAAAUUCCAUUCAUUCCUCCAAAGCCAAUGGGUCCUAACAAUGAGGAUAAUUCCAACUAUGCAGGUGGUUUUUCCCACGUCCCAGCUUCCUCACCUAUCACUCCUCUUGCUCCUGUCAAUCCAACUCCAUUUUUCCCACCAGCUCCUGCUGAACCUUCACCAGCCCCUAUAACUCCUUCUGAACCUUUUAAACCUGCAGUUGCUCCGAAAUCAGCUGUGACUGGCUAUGCUCCAUCUCCAGCUGUUAUUCAAAAAGCACAAAAGUAUACAAAAUUUGCUACAUCUGCAUUGAACUAUGACGAUGUGAAAAGCGCCAUGGAUAAUCUACAGAAAGCAAUGAAUCUGUUGCAAUGCGGAGCUGAAGAAUAA